AUGAAUAUUCAACUCGCCGAUACUCAAUAUUCUAUUUUGGCGGAGGAUCAACGGCAAAAAUUAAAAUUGCUAUUCGAAGCAAUAAGCAUCGAGCAGAAUCAUUUCUCAUUUGAAAUCAAAGAUGAUGGUUUGGAAAAAAACGAAAGCGAUUCUGAAUUAGAGGAUGAGAUCUUUUUUCUUGUUCGUUUGCAUGCGCCAUUUCUAUCCGAUCUGAAAGUCGAUUAUACCAUCCCGUGCACUAUCAAAUACCAAUGGGAACACGAAGACACCCCAGAGAUCUUGGAAGCCGCAAUUUAUUGUCAUCGGAAACUGAACAACUAUUACGAUGACGAGAAUAACAUUAACAUACCACAAGAAAUCCUUGAUCGAGACGCGGAAAAACGUGACAAUUGGCAUCUCUACAAAUCAGCGUUUAAUAAUCUCAGUGAAGCACGAUGGCAAGAGAAAUUUUUCGAAGAUACGGAAAAAUAUUUACCGGGAUUCCAUUAUCUUUACGACUUUCAAUGGGAACCGGUUCCCGGCCACAACGAUUUCGGGCAAAACGAUCUUAUACUGACCGAUGGGUGUGGUUGUUUUGCGGUUGUGGAGGUCAAAUUCAUUUCACCUUCGAAUUCAGAAGAUAUUAUUUUAGAUAAACUGCAUAAAGUUGAUGAACAAGCGAAAAAGUAUAGGGAUCUUUUCUUGAAAGCUAAUCGGGAUGAUAUUAAUGUGUUGACGGUCAUUGGAGUUACCUUUACAAAUCAGGACGAUGGGACUGUUGGAUUUGUGGAUGAUUUCGAUGAGAAUAUUGCGUAUGCCAUCAAAUAUAACCGUAGACUGAAUAGAGUAUCGGCUUCAUCCAUCGAUAGUACUGUAAAUAAUCCAAAUCUCACCUUUGAAGAUGGUCGAUUGAAAUAUUCGAGGACGAAAUUCGAAAAAAGAGAGAAACAGAGUGGGGCGCUACGAAAAUCAAUGUUCAAAAAAUCAGCUGAUGACGAACUUGGCAUACACGAGAAAAGUUUCCUUAAUCAUGAUUUAAUCCUUGGAGAUUCGACCACAACACAUCAUAACCCUCAAAAAAGGGGCAUCGAGCUUAUAGUUCAGAAUUUAUGUGAUUGGGAUCGCGAGAUGAAACAGGAAGUAAGUCGACUCGAAGCAAUAAUUCAAAAGCAAUCAGAGCGUGAAAGGGAACUUUACGUCAACCACGUGAAUGAGAUUGAAGAAAUUCAACAACGUAAUGAAAAGCGAUUUGAGAAACAGGAAAAACGCCGAAACAAAUUGCAAGACGAGAUUCAAAGGCAAGAAGAUCUCGUUGAAAGAUUACAGCAGGAAAAGAAAAAUGUCAAGCAAGUUUUAAUGAGAAAAAUUGAUAAACUUCAACAGAAAGUCGAGCUUCUUCAAGGGAAUCAGACGAACAACAACAUGAACAAGAAAUUGGUUCACCUAAACAUGCACACAUACACUGCAACCAUCGAAUUCGAAUCUGUGACGAAUAUUACGAUGAAUUUUGAUAUCUGUGUAGAUUUGGAUCAAUUCUUUUUGAUAUACAAGGAACGUAAAGUUCUUUGCAUUUAA